AUGAAGUGGGGCCAGGGAUUGUGCUGGAGAAUCGUAAAAACAGAAAUUUCACCAAAGCAAUGCAUGUACAAUAGAUAAACCUAAGACAUUAGAGGGGAAUGGAAACACAAAAUGUUCUCUCCUGCCAGUGAUGCAACAAUGCAGUUACAGUUAGCUGGCAUUCUAAAUCCUAGUGUUUCCAUUCCGCUUUAAUUGCCGUCUCUUUUUGAAUGUCGGGAGUGUUGUGAUGCUGUCUAUUAAAUGUAUACACCCACACAUUGUACUGUAAGUCACUUUGGAUAAAAGCGUCUGCUUAGUGGCAUAUAUUAUUAUUAUUCAUUGACCACCAGCCUUACCUCUCCUUCCCCCUGCCAACGUGCUGCUGUCGGAGCAAGGUAACAUGAAUGUCACGGUUCUCUAAGACCGAACCCAGAAGCAGACCAGGACAAGGUGAGUUGAACGAAGGUGAGUGUUUAUUUACAGAUGCAAAAGGAUGCAGAAUAAUCCAGGAGACGGAGCGGGUGGCGGGAUGAGUAGGUGGAGGUGAAGUGGCAGAUUAAAUGAUGGCACGGCAGGGUUUGGGUGAAGAUUCCGGGAGAAUGACUGUAGACAGAAAAAAAUGGAGGUAAGUACAAGGCAGGUCAACAAGGUGCAAAAACAACAAAACUAACGCUAGUACUCAGAGGCUGAUACGCUGGCAAAACAUACUGUUAAUGGCUAACGAUCCGGCAGGGAAUGGAUGUCAGGUCAGAGCUUAAGAAGGGGUGAUGAUCAGGACCAGGUGUGCCGAGGCUGAUGAGAAGCAGGUGCGGGUAAUCGAGAGAUCACCCGCCUAGCAACGUCGCCCGGCAACCGGACAGGGUGCGUUCAGGAACCUUCGGGAAACAGGAGAUACCGAGCAGAAAAACGGCAACACAGGCAGGAACAGACUCAGGACGCAGGGUUCAUGACAGUACCCCCCCUCCGAUGAACGCCACCGGGCGGACUACCCGGAGCGCCAGGAUGGAGGCGGAAGAAGUCACGAAGGAGGUCAGCAUCCAGGAUCUGACGCCGAGGAAUCCAACUCCUCUCCUCAGGACCAUACCCCUCCCAGUCCACGAGAUACUGGAAACCCCGGCCCCGCCGUCUGGAAUCCAUGAUGCGGCGCACCGUGUAGACAGGACCUCCUCCGAUCAUCCGAGGAGGAGGAGGAGGAGGCGGAGGGGGCAACAGAGGGCUGAGGAGAACAGGCUUGAGGCAGGAGACAUGGAAGGUGGGAUGGACUCUGAGCGUCCUAGGCAACUUGAGUCGAACCACAACCGGAUUGAUCACUCUCUCCACCACAAAAGGACCAAUGAACCUCGGCGACAGUUUCCUUGACUCAGUCCGCAGAGGGAGGUCCCGUGUAGCCAACCAGACCCUAUCUCCGAUGGCAUAAGCUGGGGCUGGAAUACGGCGACGAUUCGCCUGGAGCUGAUACCGGUCAGAAACUCGAAGGAGGGCCUUUCUGGCCCGAUGCCAGGUCCGGUGGCAACGACGAAUGUGGGCCUGGGCAGAGGGAACCGAGAGAUCCUUCUCCUGAGAAGGAAACAAGGGGGGUUGGUAGCCAUAUAGGCACUGGAAGGGAGAUAUCCCAGUGGCAGAAGUAGGGAGAGUAUUGUGGGCAUACUCAACCCAAGGCAACUGAGAGACCCAAGAGGUGGGGUUGGAGGAAACAAGGCAGCGCAGCGUGGAUUCCAUCUUCUGGUUGGCUCUCUCUGCCUGUCCAUUGGAUUGGGGGUAAAAUCCAGAUGUGAGACUGACUGUAGCUCCAAUGGCCAAACAGAAGGACUUCCAGACAGCAGAGGUGAACUGAGGACCACGGUCGGAAACUAUGUCACUGGGCAGUCCAUGAACCCUGAAAACCUCCCUAACCAGGAUCUUGGACGUCUCAGAGGCAGAGGGAAGCUUGGAGAUGGGCACAAAGUGGGCGAACUUGCUGAAUCUGUCCACAAUAGUCAGAAUGACCGUGUUCCCCUCAGAAGAGGGCAACCCAGUGACAAAGUCCAGGGCCAGAUGCGACCAUGGUCGCCGGGGGAUAGGUAGGGGGUGAAGAAGUCCAGAGCUGGGCCGAUUGGCACGCUUGUUCUGCGCACAAACUGGACAGGCAGCAACAAACCUCCAAGUAUCUUCUCCCAUGGCAGGCCACCAAAAUCGUCUGCGUAGAAGCGCCAUCGUCCGAGCCACGCCAGGGUGGCAAGCCAUCUUGCUGGCGUGGGACCAUUGGAGGACAGCUGAACGGACCGACUCAGGCACAAACAACCGACCGGGUGGACCGUUACCGGGGCCGGGCUGCGUCCGAAGGGCCGCCAUAACCUCCUCCUCAAUCCUCCACAUAACGGCUCCUACGACAAGGUUCCGGGGAAGAAUCGUCUCAGUCUUGGCCCCACUCUCCUCCGUCUUGGAGAACAUCCGGGACAAGGCGUCCGCCUUGCCGUUCUUAGACCCCGGUCGGAACGUCAAGGAAAAAUUAAAGCGUCCAAAAAACAACGACCACCUGGCCUGACGGGAGUUGAGACGUUUAGCCGAUUGCACGUAAGCAAGAUUCUUGUGGUCAGUCCAGACAACAAACGGUUGCUCCGCCCCCUCCAACCAGUGGCGCCACUCCUCCAAGGCAAGUUUCACUGCGAGAAGCUCCCGGUUACCCACGUCGUAGUUCCUCUCCGCAGACGAAAUACGACGAGAGUAGUAGGCGCAGGGAUGGAGUUUACCGUCAGUGGAGCAUCGCUGGGACAGGAUGGCACCAACCCCCACAUCAGACGCAUCCACCUCAACGACAAACUUACGGGCAGUGUCAGGUUGAGAGAGAAUCGGAGCGUUGGUGAAUCGCCUCUUCAAAUCCAGAAAUGCUCGGUCCCCCUCAGGAUUUCAACUGAAGGUUCUGGUACUAGAAGUCAGGGCAGUUAAAGGAGCGGCCACACGGCUGUAGUCACGGAUAAAUCUACGAUAGAAAUUCGCAAACCCCAGAAACCUCUGGAGCUGCAAUCUCGUACCGGGCUGGGCCCAAUCCAGAACCGCCCUAACCUUCUCUUGGUCCAUCCUAAUCUCUCCCCUGGAGAUGAUGUACCCGAGGAAGGAUGUAGUGUGGGCGUGAAAUUCACACUUCUCGGCCUUCACAAACAGGCGAUUCUCCAACAAUCGCUGCAGAACCUGCUUGACAUGCUGGACGUGGCUGGAAGGCUCCUUAGAGAAGAUAAGAAUGUCAUCCAGGUAAACGAACACAAAAAGACCGAUCAUGUCUCUCAGGACGUCAUUCACCAUACUCUGGAACACUGCUGGAGCAUUGGUCAGUCCAAACGGCAUCACCUGAUACUCGAAAUGACCCAUCGGUGUAUUGAAACCAGUCAACCACUCGUCACCCUCUCUGAUCCGGACCAGAUGAUACGCAUUGCGUAGGUCCAGCUUGGUGAACACCGUAGCACCCUGUAAGGAGUCGAAAGCAGAGCUCAUCAAGGGCAGGGGAUACUUGUUCUUGACCGUGAUAUCAUUCAACCCCCGAUAAUCAAUACAAGGUCGAAGAGAGCCAUCCUUCUUACUCACAAAGAAGAAUCCUGCCCCCAGGGGUGAUGACGAGGGACGAAUGAGACCAGCAGCUAGGGACUCCUUUAUGUAGGUCUCCAAAGCUUCACGUUCAGGUCGGGAGAUGCUGUAUAACCGUCCCUUGGGAAAGACAGCUCCAGGGAACAGGUUUAUGGCACAAUCAUAUGGUCGGUGGGGAGGGAGUGACAGAGCCCUCUGCUUACUGAACACCUCCCCCAAAUCGUGAUAUGUUUCGGGGACCAGGGACAAAUCUGGGGGGUUAGCCUCAAUGACCUGACUGGGAACAGAAUGGGAACAGGCAGUCUUGAGGCAGUUAGCAUGACAAUCAAUGCUCCAACUAGUUAACUUGCCAGUCACCCAAUCGAACGUGGGAUUGUGUUACUUCAGCCAGGGGUAUCCAAGGACCAGAGGAACAUGGGGAGAAGGCAGAAUGAAGAAUGAGAACCUCAGAAUGAUUCCCUGACAACAGCAUCUUAACCGGUUCAGUCCUCAUCGUGAUACGUGCCAGACUACUGCCGUUCAGAGUGGUAGCUUCAAUGGCUUCCGGUAGUCGCUCCUUGGGAAGCCCCAGCUGUUCCACCACGUCGGCAUCAAUAAAGCUGCCAUCGGCACCUGAAUCGAUGAAAGCGUUAAUCGCUAAACUCUGAUUCCUGUUCAUGAGGGUAGCCGGGAAACGGGGUCUGACAGGGGCAUUGAGAGGUUGAAACCGGCUCGUUAAAAGUCCUCCCAAACUUAGCGAGCCGGGCAGUUUGACGGCCGCUGGGAACAAGUGGAGAUGUAAUGUCCCGAACUACCACAGUAGAGGCAGUGGUUGGUCUCACGUCUAUGUUGGCGCUCCUCCUUGGUUAACCCGUGCCGCCCCACUUGCAUGGGUUCAGAAUUUGGAGGCAGGACCUCUCCACUAAUCCCGUGUGGUGGACAAAGAUCGACGCGUUCUGGUCCACCUCCUGACCCGACUGGGAACCGAGAAGCUGAUUGAUUGGACGGGCCCCAUUGCUUCUCCCUCCUUCUCUCUCGAACUCUGUUAUCCACCCGAAUAGACAAAGCGACCAAACUGUCCAGGUCACUAGGCUCCGGAUAGGAGAUCAGCUCAUCCUUGAGUUGCUCCGACAACCCCUGAUAAAAGGCCGCUUGCAGUGACUCUUCAUUCCACCCACUCUCCACAGCCAAUGUCCUGAAUUCGAUAACGAAGUCGGCAACUCUGCGAGCUCCUUGGUGAAGAGAAAACAGGCGCUUAGCUGCGUCCUUACCUCGGACAGGAUGGUCAAACAGCUUCCUCAUCUCUGCCGUGAACUCCUGGUAUGAAGCCAUGCAGGUGUCCUGUCGUUCCCAUACGGCUGAAGCCCACUCCAGGGCUCUACCACGCAGCAAUUCAAUGACAAAGGCUAUCCUAGCCUUGUCUGUGGCAUAAGAGUGGGGCUGUAGAUCGAACACUAAUCCACACUGCAUAAGAAAGGAACGGCAUCUUCCCAAAUCCCCCUCAUAUUUAUCAGGCGUCGGAACCUUGGGCUCACGGAAGGGCACAGCUCCAGAAGCGGCAGGCGAGAUGGGUGAAACCGGUGGUGGAUUCUCCACCGGCAAACUGAGCUGAGCCUGGAUCUUCGUCAGACUGGUAGAAAAGUUCAGAAUUGACAACGCUAUCUCCUGUAGCGCCGUGCUAUGUUGUCCCAACAUCUUCUCCUGAUGGGUAAUGGCAUGGCGAACAGAGUCCAGGUCCGCUGGGUUCAUUUCUGGGAGGAUCGUUCUGUCACGGUUCUCUAAGACCGAACCCAGAAGCAGACCAGGACAAGGUGAGUUGAAUGAAGGUGAGUGUUUAUUUACAGAUUCAAAAGGAUGCAGAAUAAUCCAGGAGACGGAGCGGGUGUCGGAGAUGAGUAGGUGGAGGUGAAGUGGCAGAUUAAAUGAUGGCACGGCAGGGGUUGGGUGAAGGUUCCGGGAGAAUGACUGUAGACAACAAAACUAACGCUAGUACUCAGAGGCUGAUACGCUGGCAAAACAUACUGUUAAUGGCUAACGAUCCGGCAGGGAAUGGAUGUCAGGUCAGAGCUUAAGAAGGGGUGAUGAUCAGGACCAGGUGUGCUGAGGCUGAUGAGAAGCAGGUGCGGGUAAUCGAGAUAUCACCCGCCUAGCAACGUCGCCCGGCAACCGGACAGGGUGCGUUCAGGAACCUUCGGGAAACAGGAGAUACCGAGCAGAAAAACGGCAACACAGGCAGGAACAGACUCAGGACGCAGGGUUCAUGACAAUGAAGCUGGCAGACUUUGGCGUAGUGGGUCAGCUGACCGACAUCCCAGAUCAAGGGGAACAGGUUUUCGUGGGCACACCCUUUUGGAUAGGGCCUAAAGUAAUUGAACAGUCGGCCCACGACUUUAAGGUCAGCAGCUCCCAUAGAGUUGGCAGUUGGCUCAAAUAUGCUUUAGUCAGCAGGGUUGGAGGAUUGUCAGCAGGGUUAAUUUCCACACACACACACACACACACACACACACACACACGGUUAGUGUAUAGUCAAGGCUUUGUCUUUAAAUGAUUAUUGUGCCUCAUUCAGAUCUGCCCCUGACAGCAACACCACCACUGCCCCUGACAGCAACACCACCACUGCCCCUGACAGCAACACCACCACUGACCCUGACAGCAACACCAACACUGCCCCUGGCAGCAACAGCAACACCACCACUGCCCCUGGCAUUAACAGCAACACCACCACUGCCCCUGACAGCAACACCACCACUGCCCCUGACAGCAACACCACCACUGCCCCUGUCAGCAACAGCAACACCACCACUGCCCCUGUCAGCAACAGCAACAGCACCACUGCCCCUGGCAGCAACAGCAACACCACCACUGCCCCUGUCAGCAACACCACCACUGCCCCUGUCAGCAACAGCAACACCACCACUGCCCCUGACAGCAACACCACCACUGCCCUUGUCAGCAACACCACCACUGCCCCUGUCAGCAACAGCAACACCACCACUGGACCUGUCAGCAACAGCAACACCACCACUGCCCCUGUCAGCAACAGCAACACCAUCACUUCCCCUGGCAGCAACACCACCACUGCCCCUGACAGCAACAGCAACACCACCACUGCCCCUGACAGCAACACCACCACUGCCCCUGUCAGCAACACCACCACCCCUGUCAGCAACAGCAACACCACCACUGCCCCUGUCAGCAACAGCAACACCACCACUAACCCUGACAGCAACACCACCACUGCCCCUGUCAGCAACAGCAACACCACCACUGCCCUGACAGCAACACCACCACUGCCCCUGUCAGCAACAGCAACACCAUCACUUCCCCUGGCAGCAACACCACCACUGCCCCUGACAGCAACAGCAACACCACCACUGCCUCUGGCAGCAACAGCAACACCACCACUGCCUCUGGCAGCAACAGCAACACCACCACUGCCCCUGUCAGAAACAGCAACACCACCACUGCCCCUGUCAGCAACACCACCACUGCCCCUGUCAGCAACACCACCACUGCCCCUGACAGCAACACCACCACUGCCCCUGACAGCAACACCACCACUGCCACGUCAGCAACACCACCACCGCCCGUCAGCAACAGCAACACCACCACUGCCCCUGUCAGCAACACCACCACUGUCCCUGUCAGCAACACCACCACCCCUGUCAGCAACAGCAACACCACCACUGCCCCUGUCAGCAACAGCAACACCACCACUGCCCCUGACAGCAACACCACCACUGCCCCUGUCAGCAACAGCAACACCAUCACUUACCCCUGGCAGCAACACCACCACUGCCCCUGACAGCAACAGCACACCACCACUGCCCCUGACAGCAACAGCAACACCACCACUGCCUCUGGCAGCAACAGCAACACCACCACUACCCCUGACAGCAACACCACCACUGCCUCUGUCAGCAACAGCAACACCACCACUGCCCCUGACAGCAACACCACCACUGCCCCUGACAGCAACACCACCACUGCCCAACAGCAACACCACCACUGCCCCUGUCAGCAACAGCAAUACCACCACUGCCCCUGUCAGCAACAGCAACACCACCAGUGCUCCUGUCAGCAACAGCAACACCACCACUGCCCCUGACAGCAACACCACCACUGCCCCUGUCAGCAACAGCAACACCAUCACUUCCCCUGGCAUUAACACCACCACUGCCCCUGACAGUAACAUCACCACUGCCCCUGACAGCAACAGCAACACCGCCCCUGACAGCAACACCACCACUGCCCCUGUCAGCAACACCACCACUGCCCCUGUCAGCAACACCACCACUGCCCCUGUCAGCAACAGCAACACCACCACUGCCCCUGACAGCAACACCACCACUGCCCGUCAGCAACACCACCACUGCCCCUGUCAGCAACACCACCACUGCCCCUGUCAGCAACACCACCGCCCCUGACAGCAACACCACCACUACCCCUGUCAGCAACACCACCACUGCCCCUGUCAGCAACACCAACACCACCACUGCCCCUGACAGCAACACCACCACUGCCCCUGACAGCAACACCACCACUGCCCCUGUCAGCAACAGCAACACCAUCACUUCCCCUGGCAGCAACACCACCACUGCCCCUGACAGUAACAUCACCACUGCCCCUGACAGCAACAGCAACCCCACCACUGCCCCUGUCAGCAACACCACCACUGCCCCUGUCAGCAACAGCAACACCACCACUGCCCCUGACAGCAACACCACCACUGCCCCUGACAGCAACACCACCACUGCCCCGUCAGCAACACCACCACUGCCCGUCAGCAACACCACCACUGCCCCUGUCAGCAACACCACCACUGCUCCCGUCAGCGACACCACCACUCCUGUCAGCAACACCAACACCACCACUGCCCCUGUCAGCAACACCAACACCACCACUGCCCCUGACAGCAACACCACCACUGCCCCUGACAGCAACACCACCACUGCCCCUGUCAGCAACAGCAACACCAUCACUUCCCCUGGCAGCAACACCACCACUGCCCCUGACAGUAACAUCACCACUGCCCCUGACAGCAACAGCAACCCCACCACUGCCCCUGUCAGCAACACCACCACUGCCCCUGUCAGCAACAGCAACAGCAACACCACCACUGCCCCUGACAGCAACACCACCACUGCCCCGUCAGCAACACCACCACUGCCCGUCAGCAACACCACCACUGCCCCUGUCAGCAACACCACCACUGCUCCCGUCAGCGACACCACCACUCCUGUCAGCAACAGCAACACCCCCACUGCCCCUGUCAGCAACACCAACACCACCACUGCCCCUGACAGCAACACCACCACUGCCCCUGACAGCAACACCACCACUGCCCCUGUCAGCAACAGCAACACCAUCACUUCCCCUGGCAGCAACACCACCACUGCCCCUGACAGCAACAGCAACACCACCACUGCCUCUGGCAGCAACAGCAACACCACCACUGCCCCUGACAGCAACACCACCAUUGUCCCUGUCAGCAACAGCAACACCACCACUGCCCCUGACAGCAACACCACCACUGCCCAACAGCAACACCACCACUGCCCCUGUCAGUAACAGCAAUACCACCACCACCCCUGUCAGCAACAGCAACACCACCACUGCCCCUGUCAGCAACAGCAACACCACCACUGCCCCUGUCAGCAACACCACCACUGCCCCUGUCAGCAACACCACCACUGCCCCUGUCAGCAACAGCAACACCACCACCACUGCCCCUGUCAGCAACAGCAACACUACCACUGCCCCUGUCAGCAACAGCAACACCAUCACUUCCCCUGGCAGCAACACCACCACUGUCCCUGACAGUAACAUCACCACUGCCCCUGACAGCAACAGCAACACCACCACUGCCCCUGUCAGCAACAGCAACACCACCACUGCCCCUGUCAGCAACACCACCACUGCCCCUUACAGCAACACCACCACUGCCCCUGUCAGCAACACCACCACUGCCCCUGUCAGCAACACCACCACUGCCCCUGUCAGCAACACCACCACUGCCCCUGUCAGCAACACCACCACUGCCCCUGUCAGCAACACCACCACUGCCCCUGACAGCAACACCACCACUGCCCCUGACAGCAACACCACCACUGCCCCUGUCAGCAACACCGCCACCACCACUGCCCCUGACAGCAACACCACCACUGCCCCUGUCAGUGAUGUGUAUUUUUAA